GCUAACAUUUUGACAGUAAGAAAUGAGUUUGGUGCUCACCUUCAACUGCGGCUGCGGUUUCUCGUGUGAUUUUGGUGCAAUCAGAGAUUGUUAUUUUUGGCACAACCGAAAAUGUUGGCUUUGCGUAGUGCUGUUUUGGGAUCUGCCAGAAAUGUUCCAGCGGUUCUAGGAUGUCGCAACAAGCACACCCUGCCGGAUUUGCCCUACGACUUUGGUGCUUUAGAGCCGGUCAUAUGCCGUGAAAUCAUGGAGGUUCACCAUCAAAAGCAUCACAAUGCAUACGUCACGAAUCUCAAUGCCGCCGAAGAGCAACUGAAGGAAGCCGUUGCCAAGAAUGAUGCUUCCAAGAUCAUUCAACUGGGCAGUGCCUUGAAGUUCAACGGUGGUGGCCAUAUUAACCACUCAAUCUUCUGGAAAAACCUUUCGCCGGACCGUUCAGAUCCGUCGGCGGAGUUGAAGAAACUGCUGGAUCGGGACUUCCAAGGGUUGGAAAACUUCAAGAAAGAAAUAAAGACGGCCGCUGUUGCCGUACAGGGAUCUGGUUGGGCUUGGCUUGGCUACAACAAGAAGACCAAAGCCUUGCAAGUUGCUGCGUGCCCGAACCAGGAUCCGCUGGAAGCCACCACCGGUUUGGUUCCUCUGUUCGGAAUUGACGUUUGGGAGCAUGCGUACUAUUUGCAAUAUAAAAAUCUGCGUCCGAACUACGUCGAUGCCAUUUGGGAUGUCGUCAACUGGAAGGAUGUCUCGGAACGUCUUGCAAAGGCACAAUAAAUGUGGGUGAAGUUCGUUCUCGAAUCAGUGUCCGAAAUGUUUGGGGGCACUCUAAAUUUAUAAAAACUGUACUAAAAUUGAGAUAGAAAUUCAGGAAUAAAGUAAUUGGCAAAUAUAAAA